UUGACAGCUGAUGAACAGCUGCAGAGAAGGCCGAUAUAUUUGUUUUUGAUGGAAUAUUUCUUUAUACAAUAAAAAGAGAAUUUAUCCAACGGACUUCAAAUUUAUAACAUCAUCGGUAUUAGCUAAAACGUGAACAAUGGCUAAAUUCUUAGCGCUCAUCGUGCUUACCUUGGCUGCUUUGCUUAACAUCGCCGCCGCUGAAAUGCCCGCAUUUAAAACGAUCUUUAAAUUCUUUGGCGGUGGCAAUGGCGUCGAAUUCAAUGGCAAUGGUACGCGUACCAAGGACAUCUCCCAAAUGACGCCCGAAGAGCUGGGCAUUUCGCGUGGACAAUGUCGUUAUGAUUUUCUGCCGUACAUAACGUACAGUGAACGCAUGUAUUGCACACCUGAUGAUCUCUAUAUACUGCAUCUUUUGCCUUCCAAUGUUACCGAACCAAUUCGUAAGCCACCGAUAAUGGUGCGUUGCCUGCAACCGGAACUGCCCGAGAAUGCUACACGCAACGACAAUACCCUACUCAUAAUGCAGAGUGUCAAAGACAUAGUUGCGCUACUAAAGCCACAAGGCGCUGCAACUAAACGCCAUGAGCCGGGCAGUUGUGUCAUUGUACUCUUCUACACCGAAUCCAGCCUCGGCUGUGCACACGUAGCGCCCUAUGCCAAUAUGCUGCCCAUACUAUUUCCGACAUUGCGUUUCGCCGCCAUUGAUGCAUUCAAAUUUCCCAGCUUCAAUACAGAAUUUGGCAUUGUUGGCUUGCCAACGCUGUUACUUUUCCAUCAGGGCCGACCGAUUGUGAAAUUCUACAGUGAUGUGGGCACUUUUCAUGCUUUCGUGACGCGGCACACGGGCAUCAAGCAUAUUGAACCAAUGCCAAAGGAAUCUGAAAUGACUGGACCAUUGCCGGUACAGCCUGUGCCGCAAGUUGAUUAUGUGCUCCUACUUGCCUGGUCAUUCAUUUUGCUAUGCGUUGGCAAUUACUUUGCAAAAUCACGGUUGUGUAAGCAAAUCGUGGAAAUGAUCAAACGGAAUUGGCGGGAAUCAGAGGCACGAAUGGAACGCAAUUGAAGACGGCGUUGCUAAGUUUUAGUUGUAAAUGUUAUUUCGUAGGAUUAAUUUAAAUUCGAAUAAAAUAAAAUUAAUAAAAAGCGUA